AUGGUGACUACAGUAGCCACUACCAUUAGAGAAGCCAUCAGCUCGUCAUUCACCGCGUCUUCCACACAACUGAUGACCGUUCAAGUUCCGGCAACUAUUAUUGAUCCAAGUGAAUUUUACUGGAAUGAACCCAAAGAUUCGAUCAAACCGUUAGGCGUUAGAAUUGCAGAAGCUCAAUUGGUUGACAACCAAAUACCAGUGAGCAAAGUAAUGAUCGACCGCACUAGGAAAAGUGUUGCGAGAAGUUACCUUGCUGCCUUGGACUGCUUGGUCUCCGUCGAAACGUCCGUUUCAUCUAGCGAAGAUGAGAGGCUGCUGACUGGGCGCCAAUCCGAAAUUCGCGAUAGAUAUACCAAAGCCAUGGACUACUUGACGACAAGCGAUUAUGGCGAGUCUGGAAAAUCGAGACUCCAGACCUAUGUGGAGAAACAGGAGUCUUGGAACCAAGCCGUUGAACGUUAUAAUGAAGCUCAAACGCGACACCAGCAGACCAUCAAAGAAAAGGGAUUGACCGCAGAACAACAGGAGUAUUCCUUUCUGGAGUGGCUGCAGUCAAAUGGUCGUGAUUACAAGGCAGCCAUUCAAGCCAAGUACAUGGACUGGGUUGUGUAUGGGAAUAAAUUCCCAGUUGAGUUCCAUUUUGGACUAGUUGAUCUCGCUUCUGCCAUGAAACGGGUUGAAAGUAGCAAAGAGGCGUUCCGGAAUCUUACUCUGCUGGCAGCCGAUGGCGUUACUGAAUACAACAGUGUCAAUCUUAUGCCUCCAAAUUGGGCCAGCCUGGUACAACAAAAGAUGGACGAGUGGCAAAAGCUCAACAAUAGCCCAUCCAUAAUAGAGCUUCACGCAGAGAUCAAGCGCCUUCAUCAUCUUUUGAUCUCACAUCAGGGUCUCUACGAUGCUAUUAGCAAUGGCAAAUUUAUCCCGCAUCAAUUCAGUGAGACUGAAGACGAAGCCAGCACAGCACUACGGGGCCAUUAUGAACAAGCUUAUGCGGAUGCCGACGCCAAAAAGUGGGCUACAGGACAGACUUCUGCGAAAGAUGUUGAAGAAAUUAUAGCGGAAGGCGCCAAAAUACUUACCGGAGAGAACAAAGUAUCUACGGGGAAAGACAGUAAAACAGCUGUACAAAAAGAAGACAAUGCACCGUCAACAUUGGCCGCUCAGAAAGCUGGAGUUAUGCAGGCCGCCGACGACGCAGGUAAAGAAGAAGCUCAAAGCUAUGUUAGAGAUCGGAUUGAAACCAUCACACGGCAGAUUGAAAAGCUUGAAUCUAAACUCAAGAGUGUGAGCUCUGAAUUGGUGCCUCUGCCCAACACUAUUGUUGCACCAGAGGUUUACGCCAAUGGCAAAGUCGUCAACGAUCAUGAACUUGUCGCCAAUAAAAAACUUCUGGAAAAUUCAAUGGUUAAAGAUUCAUCGCCAUGGACUCGCAUUACAAUGAAGGUGGCCGUAUCAGAACAUGACUCGCUCAAAGCGGCGAGCCAUUCCGCUGUGAGUGAAAACUUUGGCGUUGGAUGGGGAUUUUGGUCAAUGGGAGUCGGCGAGCCCAGCUCAUAUCCUAAAGAGGGGCCAGAUUCAACUAUGGAUGAUCUCGAAGUCGAAGUUUCAAUGGAGUGUAUGGUCGUCGACAUUGAGCGCCCUUGGCUGCAUGCGGAGCUCUUUGCUGAUCACCAACUUGACGCCGCUCCGGGAUUCAUGAUUUCGCCUGGGCGUGAGUUCUUACAACAUGCUGUGGAACAGGACCUACCCGUGGAGAUAUCUCAUGCACAAUUUUCUAGUUAUCCAAAUGCCUUUAUUGUUGCCUCUAAUGUGGAGCUGGAGUUCCAUGGCAAUACCGCGUGGUUAGAGAGCAGUUUGGAGGCAUCAGCAACGGAGGCCAGGGCAUCAAUUGGCUGGGGACCUUUUAUACUUGGUUCUAGCUCUUAUAAGAGCUCCAAAUCGGGUUCAAAAUCACGGAUCCAAAGUACAGAGGCGGGUGUGCGAGUCAGUCUACAGACGCCGCAGAUUAUUGCUUGGACACAAGAGCUAUUGCCAGCGCUGCCGAAACGCAUGGGAGGAGAUUUGGGCUUAUCUGAAAUGUCGAUAGCCGGAUUCUCCGUUUAG